GCUGGCUGGCUGGCUAGUAUUUGGCGGUGUGGUGUGUGUGUGUAUGUGUCUGUGUGCUUGUAUGUGUGUGUGCGGUCGGUCUGUGGUUGUGUUUCAGGUCUGGUCGUGUUGAUAACGACACACUUCGGACACAUUUCAUCGCGGAGAGAUGGGAAUUCAGAAGAAAUGGCUCUAAAACAAAUUGCCCUAACGCUGCUGGCCCUGCUCGGGUUGGUGGCUGUCGGUAAUGCUCUACGUUGUAACUGCACAAACUGUGAGAAGACAGGCUAUGAGUGUGAGACAGAUGGCGCCUGCAUGGCCUCCACGUAUAACUUCCAGGGGAAGAAGCAACAUGUACGCAUCUGUAUCAACCGGGACAACCUGGUGCCCCCAGGACAACCCUUCUACUGUCUGAGUGCCGAAGGCCUGCUCAACACACAUUGCUGCUAUGAAGAUUAUUGCAACAGUAUUGACCUGAAAGUCCCCGUUCCAACAAAGGAGGGAGAGUGGCCAGGUUCAGGAAGCUCCUGGGGGCCAGUGGAGCUUGUGGCGGUCAUCGCGGGGCCGGUGUUCCUCCUCUGUGUGCUGCUGAUGGUCGGAGUAUUCCUGUUCCAGUAUCAUCAGAGGGCCUACAGCCACAGGCAGAGGCUGGAGGUAGAGGACCCAUCCUGUGACCAUCUAUACUUGGCCAAGGACAAGACUCUACAGGACCUCAUCUAUGACAUGUCCACGUCCGGAUCAGGCUCGGGUUUGCCCCUGUUUGUGCAGCGGACGGUGGCUAGGACCAUUGUGCUGCAGGAGAUCAUAGGAAAGGGUCGCUUUGGCGAGGUGUGGAGAGGGAAGUGGAGGGGAGGAGAUGUAGCGGUGAAGAUCUUCUCAUCCAGAGAGGAGCGCUCCUGGUUCAGAGAGGCUGAGAUCUACCAGACGAUCAUGCUGCGGCACGAAAACAUCCUGGGAUUCAUUGCAGCAGACAAUAAAGACAAUGGCACAUGGACUCAGCUGUGGCUGGUGUCAGACUAUCACGAGCACGGCUCUCUUUUUGACUACCUGAACCGCUACUCUGUCACCAUCGGAGGUUUGAUCAAACUGGCGCUUUCAGCUUGCAGCGGGCCUUUGGAACAUCUCCACAUGGAGAUCCUCGGCACUCAGGGUAAGCCUGGCAUUGCUCAUCGUGACCUCAAGUCUAAAAAUAUCCUGGUUAAGAAGAACGGCAUGUGUGCUAUAGCUGACCUCGGCCUGGCAGUCCGCCACGAGUCCAUCACAGACACAAUCGAUAUAGCACCGAACCAGCGCGUGGGCACUAAGAGGUAUAUGGCUCCAGAAGUCCUGGACGAAACCAUCAACAUGAAACACUUUGAUUCCUUCAAGUGUGCCGACAUAUACGCGCUGGGCCUGGUGUACUGGGAGAUUGCACGUCGCUGCAAUGCAGGAGGUAUCCACGAGGAGUACCAGCUGCCCUACUACGACCUCGUGCCCUCUGACCCCUCCAUAGAGGAGAUGAGGAAGGUGGUGUGUGACCAGAAACUGAGGCCCAAUGUGCCCAACUGGUGGCAGAGCUACGAGUCACUGCGUGUGAUGGGGAAGAUCAUGAGGGAGUGCUGGUACGCCAACGGAGCGGCCAGACUGACGGCCCUGCGCAUCAAGAAGACCCUGUCUCAGCUCAGCGUGGAGGAGGACAUCAAGAUGUGAGCGGCCAGGCGGCGUAUAGAGACGCGCUGGAGACGCACAACCAGACCACACUCCCAUAGGAAGCAAACACUAAAGACAGACUGCAAAUGAAAACCCUGCCAGUUUUAAAGCCACACUCCAAGUUGUGACGAGGCCUACCUCACCUUUUUAGCCAAAACUACUGAGUCACCCUUCCCCUCCUGACUUUUCUCUCCCCCUCCCCCGCCUCCCUCUGUUCCUCGUGUCUCCUCCCCGUUCCCUUCGACCCCCUCCUCCAUGGGCCACAACACUACAGCACUACCACUGUUAAUAUCAUCACACUCAAGUUUUUGUUUUUUCAUUUCCCAUGGCAGGAAUUAUUUGUACAGUGACAGGAUUUUUUUCUGUUUUGAUCUUUUUUUACCUCUCUGAGAGUCUGUCCCAUGAUGGACUAACCUUGUCCAGAAGAGUCAAGAACCUUGUGGGUUUUAAGUUUAAGAAUAAUAACACUUCAUAUUGUGUUGGCCAUGCAACAUCACAUUCUGUUGCUGUGAGUGAAUAUGUGUGUGUGUGUGUGUGUGUGUGUGUGUGUGUGUGUGUGGAAGAUGUCUGGACUACUAGCAUGUUUCUAAGACACUAAACUGUCCUCUGGUAUAGGCUGUAGUUCAUUAGACAAAACCAGUAAUGGGUUAUUUGGUAAAUAAAGCAUGGACAGCCGGAUUUAGCUUUUUUUAAUCCCUCACUUGAAUAUCCUACGAACAGAAAUUAGUUGCACUCAACUGUAGCUUCCUCAUCAUGCGUGAGACGUGCGGGGAUCACGUAACGGAUGUGGUCCAGUCCCGGUGUUAGUUUGAAACGUGGCAGGGAUAAUGUUUGGGAUGGUUUUUACUUUUUAUUUAUUUGUUGAUAGUUUUUAUUUCAUAUUGAUGAACACUGUGAGAUGAGACGUGACAAGCCAGAGUCUUGAGGUGAAAAUUAGCGUUCAGUCCGAGUCUUCACCACCUUUUCAGGCGUUAUAAGGGGUUGUCGCAUUCAUUUAAUAAGAUACUCGGUGCAUAUAUGGAUGCACCUAUAGCCCCCUUUGGUGACAGGCAAUGCCAUCGUGCACACUGAGCAAAUAAGAGGCGUAUGAAAUGGCAAUGAAAAACAGUUUGUUUUUUUAAAAUAUAUUUUUGUGUUUUGUGUAAAGACAUCAUGAUGGGUGUUUUCUUUUGACUCUGACAUUAGACACUACUGAUGAUGGGUACAUAUGAUUUGUAUAUAAAACGUGCAUUUUUUUUUUUUCUUUUAUGCCACAAGCACCAGUGUGACAUUUUGAACAGUGAUUUUUGCUUGAAUGGUACUUUCAGAAGUCUGUUGUUUGAUCUGUCUGCAUGGUUUCGAACUGUGCCAGGAAAUAGAUGGUGUCAUCUGCUGGAAUUUGUUUUUAACUUGCUCCUCUUAUGGCAAUUUGGUGGUACUACUGAUCCCAGAUCAUUUUGCUGCAACUUCAUUGUUUUUUUUGUUGUUUUUUUUUAUGUAUAAUUGUUGGACUUGUUGAGUUCUUUUCAGGGCUCGGUAAUGCAGAUCUGUUUCUCCACACGUCCUCCAGGGUGGCAUCUCUUUCUCAUUAACACUGGAAUAUUUAGGAGCAUCAUGUAACCUUGAAUUCUGAUACUGCCAAUGGCUGUUUAUUCAGAAAUAAAGCCAGCUGCUGACAGUUCACACACAGGGAACAUACGGUUAGAUGUGAAAAGUAGUUGAGACGUUUUACCUUCAAAGACUGACAUGCUGUCAAGUGAAACUGCAUGUUUUCAUUCUACUUUGUCGUCUGCAGCUCCGAGUCGAUCUGCAGACAAAACUAUGAAAGUAUUACACUGACAUUUGUCACCAUUGGGCUCUGCACUGUUAUGUCCACAUGGACUUUAGUUAACGUUAGUUAUGUCAUCACUUGAUCCUGAAUCCACGUGUCAUGUAAGUAUCCAUUUUGCAUGCUGUCUCAAACACUGGGUCGUCUGCACUGAGGUAGAUGAACUAAAGACUCGUCUUUCCCUCUUCCUACCUGUCGUUUUUUCUUUCUUCCCUUUUUGUUCGGGUCGUUGGCUGUGUACCCCAGAAAUGUUGCUGCUACUGAAAACGUGGGUAGAAGUUCAGCAGGCAGAUCGGAGAAGGAGAGCUGGGAGGGGAAAAGGGAGGCUGCUGUCAGUUGAACCAAAAUUGUCAAAAACACACCUGUCCAUGUUUGGUUUGUUGCCAUGGGUAUAUGACCAUCAGACAUCAUGUUCAUGAGUAAUUCUUCAAGAUUUCAAAUCAUGUUGUGCAAAUCUUUUCAGAUAAGGUUGAAAGGUGUAUAUAGAUGAUAUACAAUAAAUUCCUCUUUUUCUUACCUGUGA